AUGAAAGAAGAUAAUAAGAGAAAGAAUGUAGAGGAUUCUAAAAGAUCAACAACAACAACAACUCCUCAACCAGUCGUUGAAAAAGAGAUUCAAAAGAAACAAAAGACUAGUACUAGUAAUAGUACAUCUUCUACUACUACACCAAAUAAACAACAACAACAACAACAACAAAAUAGUAAUACAUCAACAGGAACAAAAAAGAGUUUUGAAAUUGAUUAUAUUAAACAAUUAAAAGGAUUACAACAAGAAGGUGAUCAACAACAAGAUGUAAAGGUCUUGACUUUAGAUUCAAAAGAACUUCAUCUUCAAAUAUCAUCACUUACAUUGGGUGAUUUAAUGGCUUCUUUACAAAAGGGAAACUAUAGAAUUGAUGUAGCAGAAUAUAUAUUAAAUGAAAAGAUAUCUGGAUUGGUUGAUAAAUAUCAAUUCUUGUUGGAAUGGGCAUUCAAUGUGUUGAGUGCAUCGUACAAGAGAACAUCGAGUAAUACUAAUAUUGCACAUAGCAAUGUGACACCUUAUUGCUUUGAAUUGCGUAUUUGGAAGAUACUCGAGCAAGUAUUGGUCAAGAAGGAAUUUAGUGCUAAUGAGGAAUCGACCAACAGCAUCUUUUUGGCAAAAGAUCAUUUGUCAUUCAUGUUGGACAUUGUCGCCAAUAUCCAUCGUCAUUUUACAGUGUCGACUGAUUCAAACCCAUCCACCAUCCCACCACUUCCCAUCGUCCAACACAUCCUCAACAUCCUACCACGAUCUAUCCAACUACACCACGUACCAGACUUUCACCGUGAACUGGUUAUCUUUAUUGAAAAGUUUGUUCCAUCCAUCUCACAACUCUUCCAAAGCAAUAAUAAUAGUCUAUUGGUAGGAGGAGGAGGAGGAGGAGGGGAUACAGCCGCCGCCAAGUCUGGGUCAUCGUCACCAAUGGUACAAGUGAUGCAUCAAGUAUUCAAGAUUGUGUUUGUCGUGUUGGACCACUUUCUUCAAAUGAUCAAAAGAGGUAGAAACUCAAGACCACUCUACAACAUUGUCAUCUCUAUCCUCCCACAUCUCAUUACCUACCAACAUUUCUUACAAUCUUAUUUGGAGCGUCUAUACACUUCCUCUUUGACAACAAAGAUUAACAAUGCUGUAGACGAGUCUGGUGCUGGAAAAAAGGAAAAUGAUAAUAUUAUAUCAUCUUUGGAAUCAAAUAUUGAAAUGGUUGAUAGUAUUUUAAAGUGGUCUUGUUUCCAUCCAGAUUCAAGAUGGGAAACUUUAUUAACUUUAACCAAACAACAAGGAAAUGAUAAGGAAAAAGAAAAGGAGAAAGAAAAGGAUAAAAAAUCAUCAACCAAAGGAAAAGAAAAGGAAAAGGAAAAGGAUGAAAAGAAAGAAGUAGUAGGAGCGGAAGGAGGAGAGAAAAAAGAUAAUAAUAAUUUACAAAUAUUAUUUGAUAAAUUGGAAUCUAUUUUAAAUGCAAAGGAAGUAGUUAAAGGAUUCCCAUUGGAUGGUGGAAAAAUUGAUCCAAAACAUAUAGUAUUGGAAUGGAUAUCAAGAUUAUUAUCAUUAUUUGUAUCACAAUACAAAUCAGUUGGUAAAUCACAAAUCAAUAAUCAAUUAUUAUCAGAAUGUAAAGUUUCAAUUGAAUUUGGUUUCUUUAAAUCUUUAUAUACUUUAAUUAUUAACAAUAAUAAUAGUAAUCAAUCACAAUCACAAGUUGCAACAACAACAAAAACAACUAAGAAAUCAUCCUCUUCUUCUUCAUCUUCUUCAACUUCAUCAAUUAAAAUAUUAGAACCAAUUUAUUAUUUAUCAAUUUCAAAAUUAAUUGAUAAUGUUUCAUCUAUUAAUAUUGUUCAUCAUGACAACCCACAAGAAUUUGAUUUUCUUUUGGAUCAUGUAAAGUUGACCAUUCAAACAUUGGCAUCUUCUGAAACCUCUCAACAACGAUCGCAAUCCAAUGGACUCUAUUUGAUGUUAUCGUCCUAUCUCAAACUUUCACAUAAAUUAUUGGAAUCUAAUUUUGAAAAAAUUAUUGGCCUAAUUAUCUCUCAAUCAAUUCCAACUGAAAAUAGUAUAAUUUUAAUGAAUACAUUUUUAGAUACAUAUUUAUCAAUUCGUCAAUCAGAUGUAUUAUUUAAAGCAAUUAAUAAUCAAAUUAUUAAUGGUAGAUUAAAGACCAUCUCGGUUUCACUAUUCAAAAACCCAACAUUUAUUGCUCGCUUGUCACACCAUGUCUCCAACAUUCCAUUUGGUCUCAUUCCAAAUCUAUUUGAAAGUAUGUCUUUGGUUUACUCUGACUACUUUAUCACUCAAUUAUCUGAAUUAUACAACAACAACAACUCAUCUCAAGAUAAUAAUGAUAUGAUGAUGAUGGAUCCAAUUAUUUGUGAUAGAUUAGAAUGUUUCCAAAUUUUGUUUUGCGUAUUAUACGAUCAUGUUGAUAUGUCAAACUUUGUCAUUCAAAAUCUUCAGAAAUUCUUACCAAAUCAUUAUACAACCAUAGUCACCCCAAUCGUUCAACUAAUGGGUGCACUAUUAGAAAUACAUAGUUUUGUCAAUCGUCAAGUCAUUGUCAAGGAGGGUGAAGGCCAAAACGACUACCACUUUCAUCCACAACAAUUCCAUUACUACCAACUCUACGAAAAACAAUUUCAAUCAUCCAACAUUAUGAAAUUGAUCAUUCAACUUUUAGAUCAAGAUAAACUUCAACUCUCAGGUGACAAGAAUAAUAAUAAUAAUAAUAAUCUAUCCAUCUAUAAAUUAUUCAUUUCUCGUAUUCAACAAUUAAAUUCAUUAUUGUCAUCAGAAGCUCAUGGAAUUGAAAAAGAUAAAAAAGAUGCAACAUCGGCAGGACUCAAUAUUGAAUUAUCAAGUUUAGAAAAUUCAACACCAUCAGCCAUUAGAAAGGAAUUAAAUGGAUUGGUUAAUCAUAUCUUGCAACAAUAUAUUGAAAUGGUUGAAAACAAGAAGAAACAAGAAUCUAGUUUGGAAAUGGAAGGAUUAAAUCAAUUAAUUUUGGAUAAUAUUUGUGUUUGGUGUGAUUAUGCUUUACCAAAUCAUAUUUUGGAUAUAUUAUCAUUUAUUUUAUCACCAAACAACAAUCAUAUUAAUAGUAAUAACGGUAUCAACAAACCAACAACCUUUAAUUUGGUUUUAACCAAUUCACAAUUUUAUGAAAUUGAAUCAUUUAGACAAUUGUUACCAUUAUCUUUGGCAAUUGAAAUUCAAAAAAGAAUCCCUUCCUCCUCUUCCUCAAAAGAUGGAAAAUAUUCAUUAUUAUCAAAUCUUAUUGAUCAAUACAAAGAUGAAUUAAAUAAUAAUAAUAAUAAUAAUAAUAAUAAUAAGUCAUUGGAAAAGUCAAUUAAACAAGUUUCAGAUUUAAUAUUAUCAUCAAAGGAAAAGAAGGAUUCAAAGAUAAAAUGUUUGGAAAAAGAAUCAUUACAACAAUUAACUUGGUUAAUGUCAAUCAUUCCAGCCAUCAAUCCAUUAUAUUUCGAUCAUUCUUCAAUUACAUUUUUAAUUUUAAUUAUUUUUAUUACACUAUCAAUCAUUCAACAAGAAAAAGGAGAAAGUAAUAAUAAUAAUAAUAAUAAUAAUACAAUAUUGGCAACAUUAAAAUUAAUCAAACAUUGUUUGAAUUUAAAUAGUAGACAAUUGACACAACAAAUACCAAUUAAAUUGUGGCAAUCUAUUCAAAUGGAACAUUGCAACAAUAAUGACAUCAAACAAGUAGUUAUGGACAUUCAGGUGAUUGUUUGUAACGAAUUGUUACAUUUGGGUGCUAGUGGUAGUCAGCAGCAGUACACUACUCUAUUGGAAUCGAUCAAUCAUUCAAUCAACCAACUUGAAAAGACUAAAAACAUGCAAGAAUUGAUUGUAUUCCUUAGAUCGUUGACCGUAGAAGAACAAGAUAGUGGAUAUACAACUUUGCCAUCACUAUCCUCUAUUUUGGACGGAAAACAAUACAACCAAUUGGAUACUACGUACCAUCAAUACUUGAAUGACAUUACCAAACAAUUGAAAGAGAAAUCAUCCAAAUUGGAAUCAAGAUCAAAUGUAGAUGAAAUUCAACAAUUCUUUGAUAAAAAUAAUGAUAAAUUAUCUCUCAUACUUUAUUAUAUGUGGUAUCUUAAACAAGAUAACAAUAAUAGUAAUAAUAAUGAAAUAGUUGAAUCCAAUUAUUUAUCAUUGAUUAUCAAAUACUCCUCACCUUUGAUUGUCAAAAUUUAUAAUUCUUCAAAAGAUAAUAAUAAUAAUAAUAAUAAUCUACAACAACAAUCAACCAGUCAUAUAGAAUCACUUAUUAUUAUGACCAUUUCAUUAUUUACAUCAAAAUAUUUAAAUACUUUGUUGGAAAAGCAAGAGGAGGGAGAAGGACAAGAAGGAUUAUACAACUUGUCAUAUCUAUUAUCAAUCAUUGUUGUUUAUUUACAAUCAAUGUAUCCUCAACAAUCCAAACAAUCAAUAUUAAUUUCAAAUUCAAUUUUACAAAUUUAUCAUUUCAACAAUAAUAAUAAUAAUUAUAAUUAUAUUCAAUCCUCUUCAUCUUCAUCAUCUUCUCAAAUUCAAUUAAUUCCAUCAUUAAUUAACCUUUGGAAAACUGAUAAAAGAUUAUCAACUCAAUUAUCAAUCAUUCAAAUUAUCAAUCUUUUAUUAAAUACCGAUGUUUUAAUAACAAGUUCUACAUUGGUUCAAAUCUCUCAAUCCAUUCUAUCAAGUAUUCAAUAUAUUGCCAAUCAUCAAUUUGAUAUUAGAAAAUAUAUUUUUAAUAAUCUUAAAUUGAAAAAGGAUAUUAAUAAUAAUAAUAAUGGACAAGACUGUAGUGACCAAGAUUUCAAAACAAUCAAUCAAAUUACAACCAUGUCACUCAAUAUAUUAUCAAAAUUGAUUGAAAAUACAAAGGAAAGUAAUAAGGAAAAGGAUCAAAUGGAUUAUACCCCAUCAUCAUCAUCAACAACAAGUACUGCUAGUCAUAAUUUAAUAUUAUAUGAAAUGGCUAUACUUGCUAUAAUGACAUUUAAUCCACCAUUUAUCUAUAAAAAGAUGUUACCAAUGAAACAACAACAACAUCAAACUACAGAUAACAAUGUCAAGAAUAAUAUGGAAAUAGAUAUGUCACCAAUGUUUGAAAUUACACCAACCGAUUAUACUCAUUGGAUGCCAUUGACAAACUCUACAUUCCUAGGUCUAUGUAGAUUAUUAUCAUCUAUUACUAGAUCACUCAUUAAUUCUGGUAAUCAUAGUUUAUUACAAACUCAUAUUCCAAUUAUAAUUAAUUGUUCAAGAUAUUUAAUUUAUGGAUUAGGAGAUGAAGAAAACAAAUUAUCAGAACAUUGUACAAGAAAUCUAUCAAGAUUAUUAGACAUGUUGGGUAGAAUGAAGGAUAUAAAGGAAUAUGCUCAUUAUCUAGUACUUGAUUAUAUUAAUAUAUUGACGUUUGUACCGACUACAUCAACCUCUUCUUCGUCGUCGUCGUCAUCAUCAUCGUCUAAACAACUUCAACAACAUCUUCAAACACUAUCUACACUUGAAAACUAUCAACAACUUGCACCAUCAGUGUGGGCAGUUACUAGAUACUACUAUUCACUCGAGACUAGACGUAUCCUCCAACCAGGUCUAUCAUCGUUAUUCGGUAUCAUCGAAGACUCUAUGCGAAACGUAGUGUUUAGCUCACUCGGUGAUAUUGCCAAACCUCACUUUAAAGUACUCUAUGAAUCUUUUAAAAAUGAAAAACAAUAUAGUGUACUUGCACACACAGAUCCCGUCACAAUGGCUAUUAACGAAUAUCAAGUUGUUGGUCGUCACGUCCCAACUGAAAGAGACCCACAACCAAAGCUCUACAGAAUGAGAUUGUUCGCUAAGACCGAAGUCCAUGCCAAGAGCAGAUUCUGGUACUUCUUGUCCAAGAUCCAAAAGAUGAAGAAGACUACUGGUCAAAUCAUCAACAUUACUCAAAUCUUUGAGAAGAAGCCAACCACCAUCAAGAACUACGGUGUCUUCAUUAGAUACAACUCACGUAGUGGUACUCACAACAUCUACAAGGAAUACCGUGAUACCUCUCGUUGUGGUGCUAUUGCUCAAAUGUAUGACGAAAUGGCCUCACGUCACUCUGCCCGUGAAAAGUCCAUUCACAUCAUUGAAAUCAAGCAAAUUGCUGCUGCUCAAUGCAAGCGUGCCAACACCAAGCAAUUCCACGAUGCCGCCAUCAAGUUCCCACUCGCUCACCGUGUCCCAAGAUUGUUGCCAAAAGAGCAUAAAUAG